AUGGACACGAGCUACAUACAGCCCAUCAGGCUGGCUGUGGUAACCAAAGUGCUGGGCAGGACCGGUUCCCAGGGACAGUGCACGCAGGUGCGUGUGGAAUUCAUGGAUGACACCAGCCGCUCUAUCGUCCGAAACGUCAAAGGCCCCGUUCAAGAGGGUGAUGUGCUCACCCUAUUGGAGUCAGAAAGAGAGGCUUGGAGGUUGCGCUGA